AUGGAGCCCACCGAAAAAGCCCUUGAGAAUGAGCAAGUCGAAGAGAUGAAGUCAGAGCAGCCAACACCGGCGAUUGACCGCGAGGCCGAGAAGCGAUUACUACGGAAGCUCGAUAUCCAUGUCAUUCCAAUCUUGACCUUCCUCUUCCUUCUCGCGUUUCUCGACCGGAUAAACAUCGGCAAUGCUCGACUGCAGGGGCUCGAGGGAGAUUUGAACAUGAAAGGGCAUGACUAUAACAUCGCGCUGUUCAUAUUUUUUAUCCCUUAUAUCCUUUUCGAGGUUCCGUGCAAUCUUAUCUUGAAGAAGGUUUCCCCAUCGUGGUGGAUCAGUGGAUUGAUGUUCGCGUGGGGAAUUGUCACGGUUUGUCAAGGUGUCACCAAAAGCUUUGGUGGAUUGGUCGCUUGCCGCUUUUUGCUGGGGGUUUUUGAGGCUGGAUUCAUGCCAGGGUGUGUGUACUUGAUUGCAAUGUACUACAAGCGAUACGAACUACAGUGGCGUAUGAAUUUGUUCUUCAGUGCAAGCAUCAUGGCCGGUGCAGUCAGUGGGUUUCUCGCAUAUGCGAUUGCUAAUAUGGCGGGAAUCGCGGGAUACAAUGGAUGGCGGUGGAUCUUCAUCAUUGAAGGCCUUGCUACGAUUGUCGCAGCUGCUACGUCGAAGUUUCUGAUAGUCGAUUGGCCCGAGACCGCAACCUUUUUGAACGAAGAGGAGCGAGAGCUGCUUCUAUCCCGUCUAAAAUCUGACUAUGGUGAGGCACGAAUGGAUCGGUUGGAUGGACCAACCUGGAAACGCAUCCUUAGCGAUAUCAAAAUCUGGCUUGGGCCGAUGAUGUAUUUUGGCGUUGUGAAUGGUGGCUACGCGACUUCGUUUUUCACACCGACAAUUCUGAAGCAACUCGGUUGGACUGCGAUACGGGCCCAGGUGAUGAGUAUUCCAAUCUACGUGGUUGCAACAGUGAUCUCGCUAUGCGUUGCUGUUGCCAGUGACAAGCUUCAGCAUCGAUUCGCCUUCACAAUAGUUGGCUGCGUUGUUGCUACCAUUGGAUGGGUGUUGUUGCUCUGCCAAGAGUCGAUCCCAAAGGGCGCACGGUACUUUGCCCUUUAUGCCGUCACUUGUGGGGGCUAUAUUACGCAGCCAAUUCUUUUGGGUUGGAUCAGCAAUAAUAUGGGAGGCCACUACAAGCAAUCGAUUGCCGCUGCCAUGCAGGUCGGUAUUGGUAAUAUCGGUGGGCUUGUUGCAAGUAAUAUCUUCUUCGAUUCGGAGGCUCCUACUUAUAGAACUGGGUUCGGUGUCAGUCUGGGAAUGACGUGGAUUUGCGGGCUAGCCUGUAUAAUCUGUUUUGUCUGGGUGAAGCGCGAGAACAAAUUACGGGAUACGGGGAAGCGAGAUGAUCGAUACCAGCUCCCAGAGGACGAGCUUAGCAACCUUGGAGAUGAUCACCCAAGUUUUAGGUAUACAUACUAG